UGCGACCGAAUGGUUGCUAACAAGAGGGAGGUUUCAGUAAUGUUUGAAACGGCGGAGGGAGAGGUUGGAGAUGGCGCCUGUGGUCGUCCGGUAGCGAGGGCGAGCGGCUUGCACGAUCUGGUGCUGCGAGCGGCGGCGGGCCGUGGCGAGAGGACUGCUGUGUGCUACGACAGCGGUGCGGAUGGCGCCCGCUUGUCCUACACGUACGGCCGGGUUGUCGGCCUGGGUGACGAGCUCAGCGAGCGGCUGCAGCUACACUGUCAUCUCAGCCAUGGCUAUGUCAUUGGGUUGUAUUGCCAGCCAACUGUAAACCUGCCCAGCUACAUUUUAGGAAUUCUUCAAGUGGGAGCAGCCUUUUGUCCAGUUGAUCCAGAAAGUUCACCUCGUUUCUCAGCAUAUUUUAUUCAAAUGUGCAAAUUGAAAUACAUCCUUGUUCAGAAAGAUAUGAUACAAAAAUUCAGAGACUCAUUUUCAGCUUGGUUGUCCAUUAAUGUUGAGUGUGAUAUACCAAAACUAAAUGUAGUACUUGUGAAGAUUCAUUGGUUGCUGACGGAUGUGGAUUCCUUCGCUUCAGAGCCCAAAAGCAACGAAAAUGUCAUUUGCAGUAAUGUAGAAGCUUUAAAAGAAGGGAGGUUGCAGACAAUGGACUUGGAUAAAAGAAGUCAUGAAUAUAAAUAUGUUGACUGCCGUGGAUUUUUGGCUUAUAUUUUGCAAACUUCAGGUACUACGGGAGCUCCAAAAAUUGUUCGAGUACCUCAUCAAUGCAUUAUUCCCAAUAUACAGAAUCUCAUGUCAAUCUUUGAUGUUUCAUCAGAAGAUGUAAUUUUUAUGGCCUCUCCUCUGACAUUUGACCCUUCAAUUGUUGAAAUAUUUAUAGCCUUAUGCAGCGGAGCUACACUGCUUAUUGUUCCACCAGUUAUUAAAAUGAUGCCAAAGAGACUAACAGAGAUUCUUUUUAAUCAUCACAAGGUGUCUGUAAUGCAGGUUACACCGACAUUAAUUAAAAGUUUUGGAUCCAAAAUUCUGGCCUCUGUAGUGCUUUCAGAUAAUUCACCUCUGCGUGUGUUAGCACUUGGCGGUGAACCAUUUCCUCCAUUGGAUGUACUGAAAAGUUGGCGUGAAGAAGGAAACAAAACCCAAAUUUUCAAUCUAUAUGGCAUUACUGAAGUGUCAUGUUGGGCUACAUACUACAAAAUUCCUGAAGAAAUCCCACAUAGUACAAGACAGUAUGAAGACCAUGUGCCUUUAGGAUUUCCUCUUUUAGGAACCAUUUUAGAUGUUGUAGAUGACUCUGGCAAGGUAAUCCAGGAAGGAGAAGGGCAAGUUUUCAUAGGUGGUGAAGAACGUGUAUGUUUCCUAAAUGAUGAAAUAACUGUGCUCUCAGGAAUAAAGCGAGCCACUGGCGACUGGGUAGUUGUUAAAGAUGGACAGAUGUAUUAUUUAGGUCGUAAAGACAACCAAAUUAAACGUCAUGGGAAACGUGUAAAUCUUGAAAGUAUACAGCAGGUAGCUGAAAGCUUGAAGCAAGUGGAAGCUUGUGUAUUGACUAUAUGUGAUCAAGAUCAGAUGAUUCUAUUUGUUGUGCCCAGUGGUUUACCUGAACAACAGAACAAGAAUUCCACUAAUUUCUGCAGAGAUAUCCUCUUUGAUCUUGGAAAACUGCUCCCUUCACCUGCAAUUCCAGAUGAUGUUGUACAGAUCAAUUCAAUGCCAUUUACAUCUCAUGGCAAAAUAGACCGAACUAUUUUGAUUCAGACAUAUGGAGAAAAAUCAAAAGCGAAAAACACAAAUUCAAUUCACAUUUUAGGGAAAAAAGAACUCUGGGAAGGUAUUCAUCAACUAUGGAAGGUGGUUCUUGAUCUUCCAGAAGAUCUGAUAGAUAUUGCUGAUGAUUGCAUGUUUCUGUACAGUGGAGGAGAUUCCUUGAAAGCUUUAAGGCUUGUCAAAGAAAUUGAGACAUUUGUCGGACAAAGGAUAUUUGGACUUACUGAAGUUGUUUUAAACAACUCAUUGCUAGAUAUUUACAAUUAUAUUACCAAUGCAACAUUGUUUGAAGUUGAGAACAAUGAAGAACUGGAUGAUAAAAGGAGAACAAAACCAAAAAAGAUGGAAGAUAAAAGUGCAAGAUUUCAUUCAGAACACAUUAACCAUUGGAAAUCAGUAGCCAUUAAUGGUAGCUUUACUGCCGUUAGUCGAGGGAGUAGAAUCACGUAUUUAAGUUACGAUAACUCUGCAGAUAGACUUGAAAUACAAAAAAAUAAUGAAUUGAUGGGUGGCACUUCAAAUGGAAAAGAAAAGAAACAGCCUAUUUUUUUUAUUGUGUCUGAAAUUAUGAAUGAAGAUAUAUCAUUAAAUAAAAAGAAAAUACCAUUGAAGAGAAAUUGGCUGGAGUCCUUUGAAAACCAAAUAGUAAAUCCAUCACAUAUAUACAAGAAACCCUUUCCAGAUAAUUUUUUAUCUAAUUGUGGAUCUGUAUCAUUCAAAAUUAGAUGGGAAUCUGAUACAGCCAAAUGUGUGGAUGCAUCACCUCUCCUGGUAAUAUCAGGGAAUGAUGGCUCAGAUGUAACUGUGUACAUUGGAUCUCACUCUCACAGGAUGCAAGCAAUUGAUGUUUUUUCCGGAGAAAUAAAAUGGGAAAGAAUUCUAGGUGACCGGAUUGAGUCAUCAGCUUGUAUAUCCAGAUGUGGAAACUAUAUUAUCGUGGGUUGUUAUGAUGGUUCCAUAUAUGUGCUAAGAAGAAUUGAUGGGGAAACAUACUGGACUUUUUGCACACAAAAUUCAGUGAAAAGUUCUCCAAUUGUGGAUCCUGAUGUGGGAUUGGUUUUCAUUGGAUCACAUGAUCAUCAUGUCUAUGCUUUGGAUAUUCUUGAUAAGGUUUGUGUCUGGAAAUUGCACUGUGGAGGAGGUGCAGUGUUCUCAACUCCUUGCUUAAACAAACAUCCAAGAUUACUUUAUGUGGCAACACUCGGAGAAUCAUUGAUUGCUAUCAAUCCAGACACUGGAAGUACGGUUUGGAAACGUUGCUGUGGCAAGCCCUUAUUUUCUUCACCACAGUGUAGUUCUCGGUCUGUGUAUGUAGGUUGUGUUGACGGGAGCCUACAUUGCUUUAGCCAUAAUGGUGAUCAGCUUUGGCAAUUCUCAACAGGAGGUCCUAUCUUUUCUUCACCGUGCGUCUUUAACCUUUCUGCGACAGAUCAGAAAAUAAUAUUCGGAUCUUAUGAUUCUUUUGUGUAUUGCUUGAAUGAAAAUGGAAAUCCAGAGUGGAAGUUUAAAACAACUAAGCAAGUAUAUGCAGUUCCAUUUAUUUUUCCCAGCUGUGAUUUUCAUGAUGGAACUUUGGUUGCUGUGAUUUCUACAGAUGGAAGCUUAUGGAUUCUUGAUGCUGCAACGGGAGAAUUAAUUACUUCAUAUUCCCUUUCAGGUGAAGUUUUCUCUUCACCAGUCUUAUGGGAAAAGAAACUUAUUGUUGGUUGUAGAAAUAACUUUGUCUAUUGUUUGGAGAUGUCUAUAUCAGAACAAAACAAAAAAAAUACCCUUGAGUGAAUGUGAGUACUUCACUGAGUAAUUAAUUCCAUGUUCUAUGCAAAACUUGUCAAGGAAUUAUGAAAUGCUCAUCAUAAUUCAAACACUGGCAGUGGUGAAAUGUGAACUACAUUUACAGCAGUUUUUUUGUGAAACCAAUAUCACAUCAAAAAGCAUAUCAAUAUUCAGAGUUACUUAGAAAAGUUUGAAAUUAGAUGGAUUUCAAACAAUAUCCUCUUUGCCACUCUGAGAAUCAGCAUACUUCUCUGAUGUGAGUGAAAGAUUACUAUUACCAAUCAAUGAUGGAUAUUAAAAUGACAGAUUUCAUGAUAAAAUUUUAAGCUAAGUAAUAAGCCAAUUCUGUUUAUUAUUACUAUCUUGAAACUGUGAUACAUGUAAGCUCUGUGUAAUGGUGAUGUUAUUUUAAGUUGUACAAGGGAGAACUCUAAGAACCAGACUUCAUUGUUAAAUAUUUUGUCAGUGAAUAGACAAUGAUGUUGAGUCAUCUGCUUUAGAACAGUGGUCUGGAUUAUUGUGAGCAAUUCUGGUUCGUCAUACUGCAGGAAGUUAGAGGAUGCAGGACAGAUUCACAAGGUUGUGCAGGACAGACUCAGUGGGUUGUGACUUUUUUUUUCUACAGUGAAAGUAACUGAGGGUAUAGAUAAGCUAAUUGGUCACAGUCUUUUCCCAGGGUAGGGCAAUCUAAAACUAGAGGAAAAAGGGUUAAGGGGAAAAAUUUAAAGGAGACUUGAGGGGAAGGUUUUUCUAUACACAGGAUGGUGGAAAUAUGGAGUGAACUGCAAGAGGAAAUGGUAGAAGCAGCUAAAUUAGCAACAUUUGGACAGGUUCAUUGAUAGCAAAGAUUUGAAGAGAUGUGUGCCAAAUGUAGGCAAAUGGGAUGUGCUGAGGAAGGUAUUUAGGCCAACAUGGACUAGUCAAGCUAAAGGACUGGUUUCUCUUUGGUAUGAUUUCAUGGAAUCACUACAGAGGUUUGUUCAUUAUAGCAAAGGUUUAUUCAGACUUUGCAAUUUCUUGUAAUGUUUCUUUUGAGAAUUGGUCUCCUUUCUUCAUUAUGUCAUUGUACUGCAACCAUCACAACCAAGGUGUAGCCAUGAUGACUCAUUUUAUUCUCUUGCUUUUUGUAAUGAGUUCUUGGGAUGAUGGUACUUUGUUUAGAUCUGUACAAAAUUCUAGAGGACUGACUAGCAGACCGAAGCAAAAUAAAAUUUAUUGGUCAUUAAUAUUGCAAUAUCUUAAGCAAAAGAUAUUACUUUAUAUUGUUACGUACCCGUGGGUAUUUUGUACUUGUCACGUGACAGUGGUGUUGAAGAGAUGCUGGACUUAAGGUAGUGGUCUUGUGAUGGUGGAGUGACAUCAUUUUCCCCACCAGUAGAGGUCAUGUGACAGGUUUUUUUUACAGGGUGUAAAAGGAGGACCCCUCCCUGUGAGGAGGGGCAGUUCGUGGCUGGAUUUGCCAUUUUGGCUCCUUGCCACUGUGUGGUCCAAUAUUAUGAUGCAGUUUGGUUGAAAGUUUUAUUUAAUGCCUAAAGUUUAAAAGGUCAUUGCCGGCAGUUUCUUUAUAAUACUGCCAGUUAAAAAUCAGUGGAGAGUGAUGAUCGGAGUUUGGGAGCUAAAAGAUGGAGGAAAGUCGAUUUCGACAGUGAAACAGGUUGGACCUUGUUAGAUCCUCAUUCGGAAGGAAUUCGUUGGCUGUGCCUGUGUUAACCCCUGCAAUAAUAGCAGAAAGGGUUGGGUACAGUUCUGUAAAGGAAAGGUCGGUGCCUUUAAGCUGUUUCACUUUCAUCUUCAUAAAUUCUCCGGGAAAAGUAUAGUUCGACUGGGAACUGCAGCAACACGACGUGAAAGAGAAUUUAAAUCGUCUAAAAAGUCUCUCCUUUAAUGGACUGUAAGCAUUUUGAACUUUUGCAGUACUACUCUGAAGAACUGUUUUCUCUUUAUUCCUUUAAGAACUAUUUAAGCUGCCACACAGCAGCUGAUUUCCAGUUACGUUAGUUGUUUGUUUACUUUUGGGGGUUUAUUUUACAGUGUUUAAUAAAUGUUUUAUUUGUAAUAAAAAAAAACCCUGCCUCACUUAUAUAUUAAUUGUUGCUGAAUCCGUAACAAUAUUAAUAAAUUACAGCGGAUACUGGUUAAUUGGGCUCUCAGGUAAUCAGGGCAGCUGUUUAAAGAACAAAACUUAAAUCAGGGAAUUAGCCAGGAUUUCCUUCAUUUGAACCACUAUGCCUCUUAAUUGGAACAGGAGACUGUGCCAAACAGUUUAUAUCUAGCAUCAAUUGUGUGGCUAUUAGACAUUACACAGUGCUUAGAACAAUCAAUUUUUUAAAUACCAUUAGUUGUGCGUUUGUCUUCAAAAAGCAGUGCUUUUUUUGUCACUGAGAGUUAGAGAAACAUGAGCAGCAAGACAAUUUGGAACUAUUUUGCUCAUCGAUGCUUCAAGCAUUCAAGCUUGGAGAUGCCAGAAAUGGCUGAGAUUGAAAAUGAAUCGACUUCACUACUUCCUUAGAAAUUGCAAAAAAUUUGAAGCUAUCUUGAAUGUUGCAAUGAAAAUGAAGAUUUGGAAAAUGCAAUAAUCUAAAUCAUUAUAGGAAGGCAGUCUGAACUAGGUGUCUGCACUGAUUUUAUUCAUUUACAGUCAAUCGUAAGAACACAGCAGAUUACUUGGAUAACUAUUAGGAAUACAGUUUUAUAGUACUGUGGAGGUAAUGGUAGUGUUCUAAUUUCCUCUGUAUUUCAUUUAAAUACAUAAUCUGUUAUUCAGUUAAUACCUUUUAACUAUUUCCUUUAAACUUCAGCUAAUUGGGCCAAAAAGUACUGGUGCAGAUGUGUCCCAAUAAACCUGAAUCCGCUGUAUUUGUGUGUUAAUUCCUGUGGAAUUAUGUAAAUAGUUUAAUUUUCUUCUGUGAUUUUGAAAGGUUACAAUUUACUGUAUAAGUAUGGAAUAGAAUCUGAAAUAUAAUUAUUCAAAAUGUUAUAUUAUAAACAAUAUUAAUGUGUUUAAAACAAAUUGCUAGGAGAACUUCUUGCAACUGUGGAGGCAAGAGAAAGGUCUGCUUUUAGCAUUGUGACCUUGGGUUGCCAUAAGUUCUGAUGCAGGGUUUUGACCUGAAACAUCGACAAUUUAUUCCUGCCCAAAGAUACUGUAUGACCAGCUGGAUUUCUGCAAGACAUUAUUGUUCCUCCAGAUUCCAGCAUCUUUAAUCAGAAUCAAGUUUAUUAUCACUGCCGUGUGGCAUGAAAUUUGUUAACUUAGCAGCAGCAGUUCAAUGCAAUACAUAAUAUAGAAGAAGAAAAAAAAUAUAAUAAUAAGUAAAUCAAUUACAGUUUGCGUAUAUUGAAGAGAUUAAAAAUAGCGCUAAAAACAAAUAAUAUAUUUAUAAAGUGAGGUAGCGUUCACGGGUUCAAUGUCCAAUCUCCAUACUCACAGUGAAGUUAUUCUUCAAAAUAGUGAAACAAGUGAUGCCUUAGUUAAGAGAAAUCUUUUGUUGAGAAGUUUCUAGUAUCUCGUUGCAUUGGAGAAUCAUUCACUAAUACUUAAGUAGGUGACAAUUUGGUAUUUUGAAAAUAUGUGACUGAAUAAAAUCUACUUGCCUAGAAAGAUGUAGGUGUAGCACUUCACGAUACACAAAAUCAUUUGGGACAAAGCAGCUACUUGAUCUGGAGACUGACCCCCAUUAUAACUAACUGCUCACUCAAUUCAGUGGCUCAAGCUGUCAUUCCUUUUACUACCAGCACACUAUGACAUCUCUGUUUAAUGUUCAGAAGUCCUACUGCAACAGCUCUAGACUUUCACAGAAUGUUUUAAGUCCUGCCUAGAAAUAUAAAAUGCAUGAUAAAAAUUUUGCCUCCAAACUUUAUCCUCAUGUCUCAACACAUUAUUUAACUUGGACAUACAUCAUCCCCCCAAUAUUACUGGAUCAAAAUCUUACAAAUCUCUACUCUAAUGUUAUUGGAAAAAAAUAAAAACACAAGCAGGCCAGACAGCAUCUAUGGGAGGAGGUAGUGACGACAUUUCGGGCCGAAACCUUCAUCAGGAGUGAAGUAACAUGGGAUGGUCGAA